AUGACGGCGCGAGUCGACCGCAUUCGCCAUGGCGGGCCUGCUUCCAAGGACGGCUACACAUUCUACCCGGUCCUGGUCAUCGGUGCCGGCGAGUCUGGCAUUGCCAUGGGCUGUCGACUGCGACAGGUGCUUGGGUUCGAUCAGUUCCGCAUCUUUGAGCGGCGGUCUGCCCUGGGAGGCACAUGGCAUACUAACCAGUAUCCCGGCAUUGCGUGCGAUGUCCCCGCCAUCAUGUACUCGUUCUCCUUCGCCCAGAACCCUCACUGGACGUCGCUGUUCCCCUCCGGACCCGAAAUCAUCCAGUACCUCUACGACGUGUGCGAGAAAUUCCAAAUCCUGGACAAGAUCCAGUUCGAUACUUCGGUCAAGGGCAUGCGCUGGCUUGAUGAUGUUCAAGAGUGGGAGGUCGAGCUGGACCAUCUCGCCCCGGAGAUAGGUGACUUGUCCACCCGUGAGAGACAGGCGCUGGAGAAAGAGAACAAACCCACAGUCCUGCGCACCGAGAUUGUGCGGGCAAAAGUCGUCUGCAGCGCCGUGGGCGGCUUGGUCGAACCCAAACCACCCCUCGACGUCCCCGGGUUUGACACCUUUGAGGGAGAAAUCGUCCAUACCGCACGCUGGAAACCCGACCUGGAUGUGCGAGACAAAAAUGUCAUUGUCAUCGGCACGGGUUGCUCGGCAGGACAAGUCGUCCCGCAACUCGUCAAGCCGGAACACGGCGCCAAACAAGUCACUCAGCUGAUGCGCUCGCCCCCUUGGGCCGUGCAAUUCCUCCCACCUGCGGCCAAGGAGUUUUGGAAGAAAUGGAUCCCCUUCCUCUCCCAAUAUGUUCCCGGGUUCCAGAACGGGUUGCGCAAGUUGAUGUUCGCCAUGAGCGAGCUCGAGUUCGUCGAGUUGUUCACGCCCAACGAGGCCGCGAGACAGCGCCGCAAAAGGAAGGCCGAGGAGCUCCUGCGUUACCUCCGCAAGACCGUGCCCGAGGAGUACCACGAGAUCAUGACUCCCGACUACGAAGUCUUUUGCAAGCGCCGGGUCGUGGAUGAAGGGUGGUUCCAGUCUCUGCAGCUACCGAACGUGGAAAUCACCACCUUGCCCAUCACAUCCAUCCAGCCUCGCUCAGUGACCCUGGGCCCCGGCCGCCUCUACCCGCCCAUGUCCAAGACAGACUCCAAAGCUCCGACCGAGCAACGCACCGUGCCCGCCGACGUCAUCAUCAUGGCCAACGGCUACGAGACAAACCAGUGGCUCCACCCGCUCGACGUAACAGGCCGCCACGGCCGCUCUUUAUACAAGACGUGGGACGAACGGGGCGGCGCCCAAGCCUACCUCGGCACCGCGAUGGACGGCUUCCCGAACUUUUUCAUGAUCUUCGGCCCCAACACAGCGACGGGCCACAGCAGCGUGAUCCUCGCGAGCGAGAACGCCGUCAACUACGCCCUGAAAUUCAUCGGCCCCAUCCUCCGCGGCGACGUCGAGACCGUCGAGGUCAAGGAGAGCGCCGAACGCAAAUGGACAGACGACCUCCAGCGCGAACUGCGAAACAGCGUCUUCAUGUCCGGCGGCUGCGUGAACUGGUACACGGACCGCGUCAACGGCUGGAACUCGACCGUCUACCCGCGCACGCAGGUCGACUUCACCAUCCGCUGCAUGUUCCCCGUCUGGCGCCACUGGGAUCUGGCAUACACCCGCAAAGGCCGCGUGAGGCUCGCAGCCGCCCGCGCCGUCAAACUCCUCAGCCUGCUAGGUCUGACCUGGGCUAUUGUCUUUACCCGCAAACACGGUCUGCAGAGGACGAGGGAUCUUCUCGCCGAGCUGCUCAGGAGCGGGCUGCAGGGCAUUCGCGGCGUGGUGCUCAAGGCGAGGACAUAG